CCCGUAAGAGACUAAAAUGUAUUACGGGCCGACCCGUCACGUGUUUAAACGGGUAGUUACCGGGCUGGCCCAUUUGUUUCGGAGUCUAUGCAGGGAGUAAGAAUGGUAUCGGAAGAGGAAGAUGCGCCGUCGUAUGCGGCGGAAGGCGGCGGCGAUUUGGGGGAGGAGCAAGUAAUGAGUGAGAUUCACCUCGGAUGCCCUCCAGACCACACUGGGCCCCACAUAUCCCAUUUCACCAUCUUCUUCCCACCUGGGAAUAAUCAGAUUGAAGAUAGUCUGAGUUCAAAGAGCUCAAAUGUAUGUGAGGUGGAUGAAGAUGGAGAUUUAAUUCUAACUCGCCGGCACUAUCCACCAAAUGAUUCUUUUGUUAUCAGCAUCCAACAUAACAUUACGUCAUCCAUUCCCAAAGUUGGUCUCCAGAUUUGGAGAGCAGAACUGGUACUAGCUGACUUUGUGCUGCAUAAAAUGUACAAGUCGUCCGAUUUUGACGGAAUCGCUGCCUUGGAACUUGGAGCCGGCACUGGAUUGGUCGGCAUGUUACUUGCACGUGUUGCUAAUAAUACUGUCUUCAUAACUGAUCGAGGCGACGACAUACUUGGAAACUGUGCCGAGAAUAUUAAUCUCAACCGUGGAAGAUUCCACGACAAGGCUUCUAUAUAUGUACGAGAACUCGAUUGGAACCAUCCAUGGCCCCCUGAGGUCGUAAUAAAUUCUCCACAUAGCCAUGAUUGGAGCUUGGCCGAGGUUGAAGAGGUUCAACGAGCUUCGUUGCUAUUGGCUGCUGACGUAAUUUACAGUGAUGAAUUAACUGAUGCCUUAUUCCGUGUAUUAGAAGUAAUCAUGUCUAAUGGUCCAGAAAAGGCACUGUACCUAGCAUUAGAGAAGCGGUAUAACUUCUCGAUCGAUGAUCUUGAUGUUGUUGCAAACGGCUAUUCACACUUCCGUAGCUAUCUUAAAAAUAUCGAAGAUAUUGAUGAAGAAGGUGGUGUGGGAAACGAAUUUUCGUGUGGAUUUAUCGGUAGGCUGGUUGAUCUAGAAGAGAUUCCUCAGUAUGUGCAAGAGUAUAGUCGAGGAAACGAUGUCGAAAUCUGGGAGAUCAAAUAUGUUAAAAAUUGAUUUAUUAUUAUUAUUUUUUUUUCAUUAUGAAAAAUAAAAAAACUAGAUAAAAUAUGUUUUUUUUUUUGCUGGAUAUUAUGUAGUGCUAAAACGACGGCGUUUUUGAGGUUGUGGUCGUCACAUGCAAGACAUUAAACACAGAAUAUUUGCAUGGUUCGCUGGAAAAGUGACUUUAUUUCAGCAUCAAAUACUGGAAAAGCAUUUGUUCUUAUUUACUGGCAUGUGAACUAAUUAAU